CUCGCGAUAAGACGGUUGACGUGAACUCCGGCAGCUUUACCCUUCCAUGCAGCAGUCAGCCGGUCUCUGCAUCGAGAAUUAUGAAAUCGCGCUAAACACGACUUUUAGGAAUAACAAGCUUAGCUACGCGCCUCCGUGACUGUUAUAUAUAUUUUUAAAAGGACACGUCUCGCUAGUAUCCAGUAUUUUAGCUGUACGUUAGUUGUGAUUUCCAGUGAAGAUGUCAGUGGUGGGAUUUGAUGUUGGCUUCCAGAGCUGUUAUGUUGCUGUGGCUCGGGCCGGAGGAAUAGAGACCGUAGCGAACGAAUACAGCGACCGAUGUACACCGUCAUUCGUGUCAUUCGGUCCUCGUAAUCGAUCGAUAGGGGCAGCCGCCAAAAGCCAGGUGGUCACAAACUGCAAGAACACUGUGCAGGGUUUUAAGCGAUUCCAUGGCAGGGCGUUUAGUGACCCGUAUGUUCAGGCGGCAAAGUCCAGCCUGGUCUUUGAUCUCGCUCAGAUGCCAACUGGAACCACUGGUAUUAAGGUCAUGUAUAUGGAGGAGGAGAAGGUGUUCAGCAUUGAGCAGGUCACUGCCAUGCUGCUGAACAAACUGAAGGAGACCGCUGAAGCUGCGCUCAAGAAACCCGUGGCAGACUGCGUCAUCUCUGUUCCCAGCUUCUUUACUGAUGCCGAGAGAAGAUCAGUCAUGGAUGCGGCACAGAUCGCAGGCCUGAACUGUCUCAGACUCAUGAAUGACACUACAGCAGUUGCGCUGGCGUAUGGGAUCUACAAACAGGACCUGCCUGCUCCUGAGGAAAAGCCCAGGACUGUGGUGUUCGUGGAUGUUGGCCACGCUGGUUACCAGGUCUCUGUGUGUGCCUUUAACAAGGGCAAGUUGAAGGUCCUGGGUUCUGCGUUUGAUCCUGAGCUGGGUGGUAAAGACUUCGAUGAAGUGCUGGUCAAGUACUUCUGUGAGGAAUUUGCGCAGAAGUACAAGCUGGAUGUGCGAUCGAAGCCCCGCGCUCUGGUGCGUCUCUACCAGGAGUGCGAGAAACUGAAGAAACUCAUGAGCGCCAACUCCUCGGACUUGCCACUCAACAUUGAAUGCUUCAUGAAUGACAUCGACGUCUCAGGCACGCUCAACAGAGGCAAGUUUGAGGAGUUCUGUGCCGAGCUGCUGGCCAAGGUGGAAGCUCCGCUGCGCAGCAUCAUGGAACAGACCAGACUGAAGAAAGAGGACAUCUAUGCAGUGGAGAUCAUGGGUGGCGCCUCCAGGACUCCAGCCAUCAAAGACAGAAUCAGCAAAUUUUUCGGAAAGGAACUGAGUACGACGUUGAAUGCGGACGAGGCUGUGGCCAGAGGAUGUGCACUGCAAUGUGCAAUCCUGUCGCCCGCCUUCAAAGUGCGCGAGUUUUCCAUCACAGAAGUGGUUCCCUACCCCAUCUCUCUGAAGUGGACCUCAGCAGCUGAUGAAGGCAUCAGUGAUUGCGAAGUUUUCCCGAAGAACCAUGCCGCCCCCUUCUCUAAAGUGUUAACUUUCUACCGGAGGGAGCCUUUCUCUUUAGAGGCCUACUACAACAAUUCCAAAGAGUUGCCAUAUCCGGAUCCUACCAUAGGCCAGUUUACUAUCCAGAAGGUGGUGCCUCAGCCGUCAGGCGAGAGCUCCAAGGUGAAGGUGAAGGUGCGUGUGAAUGUGCACGGGGUCUUCAGUGUGUCCAACGCCUCACUGGUGGAGGUUGUGAAGUCUGCUGAGGGAGAGGAACCCAUGGAGAUGGACACUCCAGCCAAAGAAGAUGAGAACAAGAUGCAAGUGGAUCAGGAAGUACAGAAGGCUCAAGGGGAUGAUCAGAAAGAACAUGCUGAUAAGAAAUCAGACACUGAAGACAUGGAGACUUCAACAGAAGACAACAAACAGGAGGAGAAGAAGAAUGAACAGCCUCCACAAGCCAAGAAAGCCAAAGUGAAAACAAAGACAGUGGAUCUGCCCAUCGAGAACAGCCUGAACUGGCAGCUGGCCGGUGAAGCGCUCAAUCUGUUCAUGGAGAAUGAGGGGAAGAUGAUUAUGCAGGAUAAGCUGGAGAAAGAAAGAAACGAUGCAAAGAACUAUGUGGAGGAAUAUGUUUAUGAAAUGAGAGACAAACUGCACGGAGUGCUGGAGAACUUUGUCAGCGAGGCUGAUCGAGAUUCUUUCUCCUUGAAACUGGAGGACACUGAAAACUGGUUGUAUGAAGAAGGAGAGGACCAGCAGAAGCAAGUAUACAUCGAUAAACUGGUGGAGUUGAAGAAACUGGGAGAGCCGAUUCAGAAGCGAUACACGGAGGCAGAGGAGCGGCCAAAAGCUUUGGAUGAGCUCGGAAGGCAAAUCCAGCAGUACACGAAAGUCGUCGAGGCUUAUAAGGCCAAGGAUGAGCUGUAUGAUCAUUUGGAUGAGCUGGAGAUGAUGAAGGUGGACAAGCAGGUGAAUGAAACCAUGACCUGGAUGAACAACAAAAUGAAUCUGCAAAGCAAACAGGGUCUCAGCCAGGACCCUGUGGUUAAAGCUCAAGAGAUUCAGGCCAAAACAAAGGAGCUGUAUUCUGCUUGCAAUCAUAUCGUCACCAAACCCAAGCCCAAAGUGGAGCCUCCAAAGGAGGAGACUGCAGCCGAACAGAAUGGCCCUCAAGCCCAAAUAUAG